CCCAAAAUUUUACGCGCGCACAUCGCUAUUGUGGCCAAACAAAACAAAAAUGACCCGGUCAAACAAAAUGUUUGGCGACAAAGCCUUCGAGCUACUCAAGGAACUGGAGCGUUCAUCGCAAACCAUACCAGCUUUCGACGAUGACGGCGUUCGGCAGGUGCUUGAGGAAAUCAAGGCCAUAUUCGAGGAGAACGUGGCUCAGGCCUCUACAUACAACACCUCCGGCGAUAGAAGCCUCUGGCCACUGCUGAACUUCCGACACGCAGCUCUACAGAGGAAUAAGCGCUGCCUCCUGGCCUACCUCUAUGAACGCUGCCAGCGCAUCAAGGCCCUGCGCUGGGAGUUUGGACCUAUUAUCCCGGCUGACAUCAAACAGACUCUCUGCGAACCGGAGGUUCAGUUCUUUAACAGCUACUCCAAGUCAUUGGCUGCGUACAUGUGCAGCGCCGGCUACAGCCAGGGUGCUGGUCAAGGCCUUGACCUAACCAACAACCUGCGUCCGCCAAAAUCCCUGUACAUAGAAGUUCGCUGCAUGGAGGACUAUGGAAAGUUUGAGCUUGACGACGGAGAGGUAAUCCACCUAAAAAAGAACAGUCAGCACUACCUCCCGCGGGCCCAAGUGGAGUCCCUUGUGCGACAAGGAAUCCUGCAGCAUAUAGCUUAAAUCUUUUUUGUAGAAAUGAUUGUCCAGUAAGAUUAUUGAACUAGUUGUAAGCUUAUUUUUUGAUACUUUUCAUCUUUGAUUAAAG